UCGCAGUCGGAGUCAAGUCAGUCCAUUUCGCAGCGUAGAGUCUAUCGGAUCGGUAUUUUAAUGGGUGGUUUUUGUGCAUCAAGUCAAGUGGGAAUCGUCAUCACCAGCAGCAGCAGCAACAUUUGCAUAUAGACAUCCGUGAGGGACUAGCUGAAGUAGGUAGUUAUCGGAAGAACAUCAGCGAAAAACCAUAAUUCCACUGUACACAAUUGGAUGCCUGGUGGAGUGAAGCAGAAAAAAGGGAAAUAAAUAAACGUGUGUGUUGUGUAGUAGUGCGCAAAUGUUUUCGGGGAGAAAUUCAUUUUUUAAUUCCCUGGUUUGAAGGUGGUUCCGAUAGAGGCGGAUUGUAUGGUAACAGCGGGUAACCAGAUUUCAGAGCAGAUUUGCGAGAUUUGAUAUUUGCACAAUCCAUUGACAGGACGCCGCUAGUGAAUCGGGGUGCCCGAGUGCCACUUACAAAAAAGAAGAAAAGAAAGUGUGAUCGGCGCUGCGGCAGUGCUGGAAUCUUCUUUUGAGGUUUUUUUUUGUUUUCCCCCGUUUAUGUAGAUAGGAUAGUGAAUAGUUGUUGAUUUUUGCAUCUGGAAACAACAAAACUCCCAAGGGCAACUGAGGUGAAAAUCCUUGGCCGUGUAUGUCCUUCAGUUUUUGGAUCUGGGCACCACCAGCACGGUAGGAAAUAGUCCCAGCCCAAGUGUGUGUCAACUUAUUACCCGUGGUUGUGUUCCUCCCGCUUAUCUAACAUCAGUCAGUGUCAGUGCAGCAGAGAGUGGUGGGGCCGCGCCACUUCCGGUUAAUGACAAGUGGUUUCCUUUUGAUAAAUGAGUAAAAGCAUCAUCGUCGGAAGAGAGACAACUUCUGUUCACCAUCAUUAUCGGUCUCUGUCCCUUGGGGUUGCUCGGUAGGAACUGCAUUAACAAUAGCAGCAGCAGCACCAGCAACAGCCCAACAGCAUUAGGAACCACACCAGCGAAGAACCAUCACCAUUCCCAGCAAAAAUUGUCUACUACGUCUAGAAUGCCAUUAGCCAAUUCGGUGGAUCCAUGGAGAGAGAAAAUCCCGCACAACAUCGUCGGUAUCGAGCGCACGGCGUGUCUAACUCGAUUUCAGGUCUCCGGAUAGUUUCUUCAUCGUCCCAGGAUAAUGCCGAGAUGGUCGUCGACGAGGGCUACGAGGUGUUGCUCAGCCAGCAGGCUCCCCAGCUUGACCCGGCCGGGCAGUUGGCCAGCACCAAUCAUCACCACCUGCACCUGCCCCAGAACCUGCAUCAGCUGCAUCAUCACCACCAUCAGCUGCUUCCGGAUGAUCACCACAACCAGUGCCACCCGAUGGAGGGGGACGGGGAAGCCAUGGAUCUGGACGCAUCCGGGGAUGCUUCCGGAAUGAAAUCGGGCGAUGAGCAGGAGUUCGACAUCCGGGAUGUGGUCCGCGAGGGUCACGACAAAGCUGACCCCUCACAGUUCGAAUUGCUCAAGGUACUCGGCGAGGGUUCCUUCGGAAAAGUAUUUUUAGUUAGGAAAAUCGUUGGAAAGGAUGCGGGUACUAUGUAUGCCAUGAAAGUAUUAAAGAAAGCCACCCUCAAAGUGAAGGAUCGAGUUCGGAGUACCAACGAGCGAAACAUUCUGGCUGACGUUGGUCAUGCAUUUAUUGUGAAGCUGCACUAUGCCUUCCAGACGCCCGGAAAGCUGUAUCUGAUACUGGACUUCCUGCGGGGCGGGGAUUUGUUCACCCGGCUCAGUAAGGAGGUGAUGUUUACCGAGGAGGACGUCAAGUUCUACCUGGCCGAGCUGGCGUUGGCGUUGAACCAUCUGCACAGUCUCGGCAUCAUCUAUAGGGACCUGAAGCCGGAGAAUAUUUUGUUGGAUCAGGACGGACACAUAGCUUUAACCGAUUUCGGACUCUCGAAGCAACCCCUGGACGGAUCCAAAACGUACAGUUUCUGCGGCACCGUCGAGUACAUGGCCCCCGAGGUCGUCAACCGAAAGGGCCACACCUUCGCCGCAGAUUGGUGGUCCUUUGGGGUUCUAAUGUUUGAGAUGCUGACGGGCAACCUUCCCUUCCACGGUAGCAAUCGUAACGAUACGAUGAACCAGAUCCUGAAAACCAAACUUGGGAUGCCAGAAAAUCUGAGCCCGGAGGCUCAGAGUUUGUUGCGGGCCCUGUUCAAACGCAAUCCCCAGAAUCGGUUGGGGGUUGGCCCAAACGGUAUCGACGACAUCAAGCGGCACGAGUUCUUCUCUAACGUCGAUUGGGAUGCGUUCGAGCGGAAGGAGGUGCGACCCCCCUUCAUUCCGGCCGUUUCCCGCGACGAUGCGUUUUACUUUGACACGGAGUACACCAACAAAUCGCCCAAGUAUAUAGAUUCCCCCGGUGGUCCUGUUAGUGCGAGUGCCCAUGAGAUCUUCCGCGGAUUCAGUUUUAUAGCGCCCUGUUUGCUGGACGACAUUCAGAAUCAGAUGGGUCCCAGGGCACCGUUUACGAACGAAAUUCCUGGUGUCAAACCGGUCGCCUUUGCCGAUGAGUACGCAAUGAUGCAGGAGCUGGGUCGGGGAACGUUUUCCGUUUGUCGGUUGUGUGAGAAUCGUACCACCAAGAAGCAUUACGCCGUUAAGAUUAUCGACAAAUCCGGUCACGAUUGUCGAGAGGAAGUGGAAAUUCUACUGCGAUACGGCAAUCAUCCGAACAUCGUGUCUCUGUUCAGUGUCCACGAGGACCCCACUUAUGUGUACCUGGUAAUGGAGUUGCUAAAGGGAGGGGAGCUGCUGGAUCGAAUCUUGUCCAUCCAAUACAUGUCGGAGGUUGAGGCCAGUGCGGUCCUGAAAACGGUCGUAUCGGCCGUUGCUUAUCUGCAUGAGCAUGGGGUCGUCCACAGGGACCUGAAGCCCUCGAAUCUGUUGUACGCAUCCGCCAAUCAUACUCCGGAAUCGCUGAAACUGUGCGAUCUCGGAUUUGCCAAGCAGCUUCGGGCUGACAACGGUUUGCUCAUGACCCCAUGCUAUACGGCCAACUUUGUAGCGCCCGAAGUGCUUAAGAAGCAAGGUUACGAUCUAGCGUGUGACAUUUGGUCCCUCGGGGUGCUGCUGUACAUAAUGCUUGAUGGUAAAACUCCUUUCGCAAGCACUCCGAACGAUUCUCCGGAUAUGAUUCUGGCCCGGAUAGGAUCCGGGAAGGUCGAUCUGGAAACAGGGAAAUGGCCCAACAUCAGCGAGGAGGUCAAGGAACUGCUCCGGCAGAUGCUCCACAUUGUGCCACAGCGACGUCCAACGGCGGCCCAGAUCCUACGGCAUCCGUGGCUGUCCCGGUCCCGGUUGUUGUACAACCAGCCGGGCAUGAUGCAUCCCUAUCAGCAGCAACAGCAACAUCUGCAUUCGACAACGCAGUCCACCAUGACGAUGGCCACCGGAAUGAUGGCCAAUGCGACGGCUGCCCUCACUGGGGGAGAUUGUACCCCGGCCGAGAAUCCGGAAGCCAUCAAGGGAGCCGUUCACGCCACCUUCCGUGCCAUUUCAUCGCCGCAGGCCGCCAACCUCGGGCCGGUAGGGAUGUCCGAUCUGGCCCGGAGACGGAAAGACAAACUGAAUAACUCGUAAUGUGGGCCCUUCAUCUUUCCAAGUGUACUUGGACUUGUUUGGCAAAAGUUGUAGAUGACCCUACUACAAUUUGUGUACGGUGUGUGUGUAUAUGAAACAAAAUUUGUGUAUUUAUUGUCCCAAAAGUGGUCAGCCGAGAAGCGACUACCAGCAGUUAUUGGAACCUUCCGAGGCGUUGUUAUUAUUUUUGCCGAGGAUGAUGAUUCCGGAAAGGAAGGAGGUAACUUGUAAGUGAGUACAAAAAAACUAUUUAGAUUCCGGGGACACUUCUAAUGCUUCCAAUCCUAUAUAUGCGGCCGGAGCCGAAAUGAUACCGGAGUAGUAGAUCCAAACUAGCAAACAAGCGUGUGGAAGACAGUUUUACGAUCUAACAACAACAAUAACUACUACAAUGAUGUAUGUUGUUGGAAGCAAACUAAAGUAGUUUCGGGUAAUAACAUUAUCUGUGCUGUAGCGCGCAGAACACUUAGCGAGGGAAUUUCCCCUUGUUUCCGUAGUUUGCAACUUAACAAUUGGUUUUUAAAGAGUGUUUUUUCUAUGUGUAUUUGUGUCCUGUUGCCAUUGCAUCGUGAAACUAGUAAAAAGAUUUUAUUAUAUGUUAACAUUUUACUUCAAUGCAUUUAUUUUUAUUUUAAAUGAGGGCGAACAAAAACACAAAACUUUUCGAACGAGUAGGUACUUGAAAAUGUUAUUUUUUUCUGUUUUAAAUUUUAUCUCAUUUUAAUCUCCAAAAAAAUAUAUGAUCGAUAAAAAUUUUCCAAAUUCAAAUUUUUCCAAAAUCAGUUUUGGAAAUAUAUGCAACAAAAGUGCUGUUUUCUUUGGUUCUUCUUCAAUUUGAUUAAAUAUAUUAUAUUUGGUCAAAUUUGGCAUUAGAUUUGGUUUGAAGUUUAAUGAUUUUUAAUUAAAUUCACCAAUCAAAUUCAUGCAAAAAUCGUUUCGGAAUUCAUCUGCCGAAACAGUUCUGUAUACUUAUUAAUGAUCGAGAAACCCUGCAUACACUUUUCUUUAUUUCGGACUUUGGUUUCAACAUCAAUCGAAAAGUUGUAACAUUUUACCAAAUGCUAAUUUGUAGAAAAGAAGUUUUUUCUUGGUGAAUUUUGCCUAAUUAGUAAAUAUGCUAACGGUCUUCAAUUUUUGGAAAUAUUCUUAUAUUUAGAUUGUAUUCUGUUAUGUUUGGAAUUUUUAAAAUAACACAUACUUUCAAGUAGUAUAAUAGUGCGUUUUAUUUUCCCGUUCUUGGGUAUUUUUCAUGUUUGAAUUUUAUUUGGCUCUUGUUCUUGCACAAAAUUUGAAAGCAAAAAAAUCGAAAGAAAAACCAGUGCAAAAAAUCAUAUAACUUAUCAAGUGAAAAAAAUAAAACGCACAAAAAGCGUUGCCAAGUGCAUCAAGUUCCAGGAUUGUGAAAAAGGUUGAAUAUUGAGAAACAAACAAAACUGAUCCAUAGUAGGGAAAAAUAAGACCUGUCGAACUUAUUUCGUAUAACAGCCAAUAUCUUUGCGUCUAAAAUUAAAAGAAAAUUUAAAAACCAAAACAGCACUCCAAGUCUAUUACCAUCAUGUCACCAUCUACCGCCCAGACACCAUUUACCGCCCAAAAUCACCCUUUUGUUUGUAUUUUGAAAAAACUGGGAUGUUUUCUCCAAAAAUAAGACCUGUGUUCUGUGUCGGCAUCAUUGUUCGAUCAUUUCACUGAAAAAACAUCACUUAAUUAUGCCAACUAUAGCCAUAAAUUAAAUGUUUAGUUUUUGGUUUCCGGUCAAAUUGUUGAAUUCGACGCCUGUUAGCGAACUAAGCAUUACUGUACUCCUAGGGCAAAAAGGGUUUUUGUUUUCAAGAUAGUACUUAUUUGACCUAAAAUCGACUUGAAACGAUAGUUUUAUUUUCGUAGAAUAGAUUUGCAUCGAAAAAUUUCCGAUUUUUUCAAUAGUUGUUGUUUUUGGAAGCGAUUAGUGAUGGGCGGUAAUUGGUGUUUAAAAAAAAGUGUGGGUUCCUAAUGACCGGUCACGCACAAUUUCUUUGUUUUUAGCGCAUGUAUUGUAUCAAAUGUGUAAAUUAUAAGAAGAAUUUAGUUCGAUUAUGUUAGAAAAUGAUGUUUUAUCGCUGAAAGUAACCGGUUACUUGAGGCUGUUUGCCUGGAAUCAUCAUUUUGUCAGUCAACGCACUUUGUUACAAUUUGUCAAAAAUUUGCGGGAAAAAUUUCACAAAAUGUAUUCUCUCAUGUUCCUCAAAAUGCUUUUGACAGCUCGUUAUAUGGAAAAUACUAAAAAGAACAGUUUCCGUGUUGUUAGAUAGUUUUUCCUUAAGAAAACCUUAUUGAUACCCAAAAAGUCGAGUGGGCGGUAAUAGGGCCAGUUGAACACCUCAACAUUUAGUUAAUUAUUUUGAAAAGCGCACAUUUUUCGCAUUCCACUAAAUUUUUAAUUGAAAGUAUAGCAGUUUUGAGAUGUAUUGGAAAAGAAAGCGAAUAAAAAUCUGCCGUCGUUUUUUUAUUACACAUGUUUGAAGUUGAAAAACCGCUUAACUGGGCGGUAGAUGGUGACAUGAUGGUAUUUGAAUAAUCCUAUCAACGAAAACCAAGUGAAAAUAUGUAAACAUGCGCUUUUAAAUGUUCAAAUAAAUAAAAACACAGCUCUGUCGCUUCGAUUAGAAAUCAUACCAGCAGUCAGCAGUCUAAAUUUGAAAGUAUGAGAUACAAUUAGCAAGAAAAAAAACUCAAAGGAGAUAAACUAAAAAAAAACUAUGAUGUUCAAUUAUUCUUUACUCCAACGAUUUACUUCAAAAUAAGCGAGACAUAAACUCAUAAAAGCACUAUUGUUGAAAAAUACACCCACAGAAGCAUUUGUGUAUAUUUAUGAAUAUACACAUUAAGGAAACUUGGAAGAAAGGAAGCAAAACUUUAACUAAAACACUAUUACACUUAAAAAAAAAAAACA